AGUUUGAAUUUUAUAAUUUUGCUAACAUGAAUAAAAUCAUUUAAUUUUGUAUAUAUUACAUAAAUAUUUUCUCCUACUUUUUCUGAUCUAAUAAUCAUCUUUUGUUUUAUUGAUUCAUCUCAUUUCAUUUCAAGUUACCAUUUCCACCUCUUUCUUUCUUCAUUUUUCACUGAUACGUUCUUCCUUAGUUUUCUACGUUACCAUGGCGAGAAGCGCCUCUCAAUCAUCUCAAUCGGCAUCUUCUGCCGCCACAACACGACCGGGCGUCAUGGCUCCACGCGGCUCCGCUGCCGCUACAGCCGGAAUGCGCCGUCGCCGCCUCGGCGGUGGAAACACCACCAGCUCCAGCUCUGCCGCGGGAGGAUCCGGCGGCGGAAACAACAUGCUGCGAUUCUACACCGAUGACGCUCCUGGAUUGAAGAUAUCUCCAACGGUUGUUCUCGUAAUGAGUCUCGGUUUCAUUGGCUUCGUCACCGCUCUUCAUGUUUUUGGUAAACUCUACCGUUACCGAUCCGCCGCUGGCGCUGCCGCUUGAUUUUGUCUCUCGAUCUUGAAUCUGAUUUAACGGUUUUUGGAUCUGAUGCUUAAUAUUCCGAAACAUGCAUGUUUUUAGUUUUUAUUUAUUUAUUUAUAACCUUAUUUUGUUUCAUUUUAAAUUUUAUUUGACUUGAUUAGGCUUUCUAUUUUUUCUAGCUAUGAAUUAUUGGAUCUUCUUGGAAGUCAAUUUUCGCCAUUUUUAAUUAUUUAGUUUUGUUCAUUCA